AUGAUAUGACAGUAAUGAAAGUUUACUUUUUGAUGGCUACUCGUCUACAAGUUUUUAUCUUUUCUAUUAUAUGUUUUAUUAUAAAAUAAGUUUCUUCUAUUUCUAAGAAGAAGUUGAAAUCCACUUAAAAGUGAUGUGAUGAAUGAGAUUGGCGUUGCAUAAUGGGGUUCUUUUGGUAGCACAACUCGUCAACUCAAGCAGAGAUGGAUGAGCGCCAGACUCUUGGACGCUAAUGAACCUCUCGUUUGCCUUGCGGACGAGUUGAGUAGAGAAUAGUGGACUAUACGGCCACGUCUACGGCUAGACGAGUGUCCUGUUCAAUCUCACCUCAGCAUGUAAUGGCAAACUAACAACAACUUUCCGAUGUGUUGUAUGUAUCACGGAACUAUUAUUUCAAGUUGGGCUCUUGAGGAUGAUUGCUCCUGGGUGUGGAAUGUAGACCCUGACAAACGCUGUGAGUGGGUCAGGAGUACAAGUGACUGUAAAUUAAAUUCGUACAUUCAGUAUGCAGAAAUCCUUUUCUGUUCAUUUGAUUCAAGCAAGUCACAUUUAUUCAUCCCUGGGAUUAUAUUGUGUGUUCUAUGGUUAUUAUAUUUAUUUCUGGUGCUUGGAACGUCGGCUGACAACUUUUUUUGUCCCUCAUUAUCAGUGAUUGCCGACGUGCUACGUUUGUCGGAGAAUAUUGCCGGUGUAACGAUUUUAGCUUUCGGAAAUGGCGCACCUGAUGUGUUUACUUCCCUGGUUUCAGAAGAAGGAAUCGGUGAAUUGAUAAUGUUUGUGGAAUUAAUAGGAGCAGGAGUAUUUGUGACAGCAGUUAUUGCCGGUACAAUUGGAAUAGUCGCUCCGGUUGAUAUAAUUGCCAAGACAUUUAUUCGCGACUGUUGUUUUUACGUUUCGUCUAUUAUUUGGGUAUCUUACAUUUCUGCAGACGACGUUAUAGAAUUGUGGGAAAGUCUGAGUUUACUUUUAAUUUAUGUUUUGUUUAUUUUAUGUGUCGUUAUAAUGCAAUGGAUCGAUAAUCGCGAAGUUAAUCGCAAAGAUAAAAUUCUACAAAUUCAAGACAAUGAUAUGUUGCAGACAUAUUUAUCACCAACAACAGCACAAAAGCAUAUCAGCAAACGAGUUAAAGCCGGUGCAUUCAGCAUAAAGACAAAAAUAGAUCUCGCAAUAGCGACAGAAAUAUCUAAAGUCCAGUUUGACAGUGAUGAAUCUCCCUCAAGCUCACAGGUAGAUUUAUCUCAGAACGGACGACCUAAAGGUUUAUUUGCUGAGUUUUUCUUUGACAUGAAUCCUAUUAAAGCAUACGAUUGGAAGAAUGCUAACUUUUUAUUGAGAAUCAUACUUAUUUUGCGGAUCCCGAUAAUGCUCGUUUUGCAAUUUAUCAUACCGGUUGUCAACAAAACCGCUGCAAAGUCAGGAUGGUCUAAAUUACUUAACUGUAUUCAGCCAAGCGUCUUGCCCACAGUAGCAGUCAUCAUAUUAAAAGUUGAUGACGUUGAAGUUGGACCGUUGCCAUUAGUUGUAAUUGUAUUUGUUCUUGGUGCUGUAGUAUCUGUGGUUUUAAUUACAAGAACUAGUCGUGAUCAACCACCAAAAUACCAUAAUGCUUUUGCACUUCUGGGAUUUUUGGGAGCAACCCUAGUGGUCUGGGUGAUAGCAGGCGAAGUGAUGGCUGUCCUGGAGAGUAUCGGUUUUGCUAGCAGAAUAUCCGACGCUAUGUUAGGAUUAACCCUUCUAGCUUGGGGUAACAGCGUUGGAGAUCUCAUCUCAAAUGUGGCAAUAGCGCGUCAAGGGUUCGCACGAAUGGGUUACUCAGCUUGCUUCGGCGGACCUCUUUUCAAUACGCUAGUUGGCCUUGGAUUGCAUUGGACUUACACAGCCUUUCAGCAUCAUGAUUAUCGCACUCACAUAAUCAACAGCGAUAUGAUGCCAGGAUGCUUGGCUUUCCUUCUCUGUUCACUCACUACUUCAUUUCUUUAUUUAAACAUCACGGGCUUUGCCUUGCGACAGAGCUAUGGUUAUGUACUUAUCUCCAUUUAUUUAGUUUUUAUGCUUAUCAAUCUUCUCAGUGAAAUUAAAUUUAUCCACCCGCUCGGAGCCGAUCACCGACCUCUUACCGGAAUAGUUCAAUAAUUAAAGAUCAAAAUUCAACCAAAUUCUGUGCGAUUUAAUAAUUAAAAAUGUGUUUUAUUUUU